AUGUGGAUUAAGGUCAUGAAGACAGUUAAUCACAGCUUGGGAGAGGAUUUCAUACUGGUCGGCUUCUCUGGUCAGCCACAGCUUGAGAAGAUUCUCUUUGUGGUUGUACUUAUCUCUUACCUUCUGACACUGGUAGGCAACACGGCCAUUAUCCUGGUCUCCUGUCUGGAUUCCAUGCUCCACACCCCCAUGUAUUACUUUCUUACCAACCUCUCCUUUGUUGACCUCUGCUUUACCACCAGCAUUGUUCCUCAGUUGUUGUGGAACCUCCAAGGCCCAGCCAAGACCAUUACACCCAUAGGCUGUGCCAUUCAGCUCUAUGUGUCCCUGGCACUUGGAUCCACUGAAUGUGUUCUCCUAGCAGUAAUGGCGUUUGAUCGUUAUGCUGCCGUUUGCCGCCCACUCCAUUAUGCCACAGUCAUGCACCCACGACUUUGUCAGUCUCUCGCAGGAAUGGCUUGGCUGAGUGGAGUAGGCAACACACUGAUUCAGGGAACUAUCACCCUUCAACUCCCUCGCUGUGGGAACAACAGGAUCUACCACUUUAUUUGUGAAGUGCCUGCCAUGAUUAAGUUGGCCUGUGUAGAUAUUCAUGCCAAUGAGGUCCAGCUCUUCGUGGCAUCCUUGCUAUUGCUUCUCCUCCCUCUGGCACUCAUCUUGGUCUCAUAUGGGCACAUUGUUCAAGCAGUGCUAAGGAUCCGGUCAGCUCAAGCCUGGCGGAAAGCCCUUGGAACCUGUGGGUCCCACCUGCUGGUAGUAACACUUUUCUAUGGGACCAUUACAGCUGUCUAUAUCCAGCCCAACAGCUCCUACGCCCACAAUCAAGGGAAGUUCAUCACCCUUCUCUAUACUGUGGUCACACCCACUCUCAACCCUCUCAUUUACACCUUGAGAAACAAAGAUGUGAAGGGAGCUUUGAAAAGGCUGGUGAGAAGAGAGAACACAGGAACUGGAUCAGAUCUCAGGAGGUAG